AUGUACACUUACUUGGCCACAAUAGUUAAGGUUGAGAAGGAGGAGGCCGUGACAACGACUGGCAAUGUAACCGACACCACGACUGGUGACCUCCCGGCAGCCAACAACCCGGAGAUGCUGAAGGCCCGGGCAGCCUCGCGAGAUGGCAUCCAGGCCGUCAUCCCCAAUGACACACCAGGAGACGUCGAGGCGAGUCAGGUGGGAGCACGAGCUGCAGAGUAG